AUGUUUGCUACUGAGCUUCCUGCUCCCGGUGCUCAAGAGCCACUUUAUAGAAAUAUUGUUGGUCCCAAUCAGUGGCCCGAUGAAGAAGCGAUUCCAGGAUUCCGGCAGACACUAGAACAUUACAUCGACGAAGUGACUGAAUUCGCGGGGAUUUUCACGGCUCUCGUUGCAGAGGCUCUGGAUCUUCCACCGACAGCUUUAGAUCAAGCCUUCAACAAUCCCCAGCAGCAUAAAAUAAAACUCAUCAAAUAUCCUCUCCCCGCGACUGCCAAUGACAACGACCCUGGUUUUCAAGGGGUGGGUGCACACAAAGACUCCGGCUUCCUCACCUAUCUUCUCCAAGCCACACCACACCAUGGUCUUGAAGUCCAAAACAAAGCCGGAGCGUGGAUCUCAGCACCCCCAAUCCCAAACUCUUUCGUCAUCAACAUCGGCCGAGCUCUCGAGGCAUUAACAGGAGGUAUUUGUACAGCCACCACUCAUCGGGUCAGCCUCCGACCCGAGAACUUUGUUGAUCCAGAAGGAAAUCACCUCGGUCCUCGAUUUUCGUUUCCGUUCUUUCAAGGUGUUAACCCCGAUCUAUCUGCCGAUAAAAUUAAUCUGGUCCUCCCGAGUCACAUCCGAGACCUGGUCAAGGACGAGAAAGUAAAAUCGGACGCCGAAGCAACCUUCAACGCAAUGUUCCAAACGAGUAUUGGUGAAGGUACUUUUGUUGCUCGAAUCACCAGUCAUCAAGAUGUUGGUCAGCGAUGGUAUCCGGAUGUCCUGGCGAAGGCUCUAAAAGGGCAACAAGAUUUUGUGGCUUGA